AUGCACAGUACACUCCACACACUCACUACACCCUCUUCGGGUGUCUCUGGCUGUGCCCUGUGGCGUGCUCACAUCCUGAUCGCGUGGGAGGCUGGCUCCUCUGCUCCAGUGGCUGCCUUCCUGGAGGAGACCAGCCUGUUUGCCACCUCUCCUGAUGGCCAGAGCAGCAGCCUGUGUCGGAAGUCCUGCUUCCUCCCCUCGCUGUCUGCCCCUCCUCACAUGUCAUUUUGUCUCAGUGCCGACAUCUCCCCAGCUAGAAAAGGAGACCCUCAAAGGCGCACAGAGGACAUGGCUGACAAGCCUUUGGGGGUUUCCCCUUUCUGUGUGCCUUUGCGAGGUUGGCUGCCUUCGGGGAAUGAUGGCUGGGGGAGCGCCCGCCAUGCCCCACCGGAAGCGUCUACCGUGGCCCACCGGAAGCGUGAUCGUGCGGGGAGCGGCGUGUUGGACCACAGGGCUAGGCCGGGUCCUGUCUCCCGCAACCAGGAGCCUGAGAGCGAGGACGUGGAGCUGCCCUUGGAGGGCUACGUGCCCGCGGGCCUGGAGCUGGCCGCCCUGUGGCCAGGGAGCCCGCCGCCCAAGGAGCGGGAGUGCUACAACCACAGCCCCGAUGGGGACUCCAGUUCCGACUACGUGAACAACAUCUCCGCGGAGGAGGACUAUGACGAGGGCCUCCCUGAAGAGGAGGAGGGCAUCACCUACUACAUCUACUGCCCUGAGGACGACAGCUACCUGGAGGGCAUGGACUGCAAUGGGGAGGAGUACCUGGCCCACGGCGCGCACCCCAUGGACACUGACGAGUGCCAGGAUGCGGUGGAGUGGAUGGACUCGGCGGGCCCACACCCCCAUGGUCACGGGGCUAAAGCAGCCAGGACUACCCGGAUGGCCAACUGCCCAUCCUGGAGGAUGAGCCCUCCGUCCUGGAGUCCCACGACCAGGAAAAAGAUGGUCACUACUGUCCCAGCAAAGAGGGCUGCCAGGACUACCACCCUGCAGAGGCUAACGGGAACACGAGUGCUUCUGCUUACCCCCUGAGGUGCGGGGACGGGGACCUGGAGGACCAGGAGGAGGACAUUGACCAGCUCGUGUCUGAGAUCAAGAUGAGCCUGAGCAUGACUAGCAUCACCAGCGCCAGUGAGGCCAGCCCCGAGCAUGGACCUGAGCUGGGGCCUGGGGACUCUGCAGAGAGGCCUUCCCGCACAGCAAGGCCACCUGCAGCCCCAGCAGGUACGAGGGGAGGCCCAAGUCGCUGAACCUCCUUCCCGAGGCCAAGCACCUUGGAGACCCCCAGAGAGGCUUCAAGCCCAAGACCAGGACCCCAGAAGAGAGGCCAAAGUGGCUCCCAGAGCAGAAUAGGACAACAGAGGAAGUGACUUCAGGGGAAGAGGAAGAAGAGGAGAUGGCUGAAGAUAUAGAAGACUGAGAUGACUGUGAGAUGAAAGAAGAGCCUAUUAGUGGGAAAAAGUUGGAGGAUGAAGGAAUUGAAAAAGAAAAUUUGGCAAUAUUAGAGAAAAUUAGGAAGACUGAAAGGCAAGACCAUUUAAAUGUGAUUGACCCUGAUAGUCCUUUGCACAGUGAUUUUCAGAUCUUAAAAGAAAAAGACGGCGUGGGAGAUAUUUUGCCGAACUUACCUUUUAAGGUAUGUACUGGGUGGAGGAGCAUUAUGUAUGGAACUUCUCACAAAACAGGGCUGAAGCAGUGCCUACUCAAUAGAACCGGUCAUUGUGCAGAGAAAUGCCACCUGACUCAAAGGCAAAGCCAGAGUGCAGCUUGGAGCAAAGAAGGUACUUUUAUUAAGAAUUUUAAAGAAACCAGAAGAGAUGCUUUAUAUUUGUGAGCCUUCUUCCUGUCUUAAUUCUUUUUGAGAGAA